GACACUCUUAAAUGGAAUCCAUUUGUUGUUUUUCGGCUCCUUGUUAGUUGUUACAUUAUAUUCACCGGCCACUUCUCCCCCCUCUGAUCUGAUGGAAGGAAUCUUUGGACUUCGAUGAUAUGAUGCGUUAGCAGCUGCUCUUGACACUCCCCAUGUCUUCCUCUUCACCACGUGGCCCAUCACUCCCUAUUCUCGCAUUGCAUUAAGCCUUUAACGGACAACAAUUUAAACCCCUUCUCUGUCUCUCCAUUUCCCCAUUCUUUCCAUUAGUUAGUUCAGUUAACUUACUGUGUAUUCUAUGAGUUUGAAUUCUUGUUGUCUUAGCCUAUGGGUUCUAUACUUAGAUUUCGAAAGCUGUGUUAUGUUGAGCCGGUGAAGUGUUUGAAAGGGAAGGGAAAUGACGAUGAGAAGAAGAAGCAAGAAAAUGUUGCUUCUGUUGCAGAGAAAGUGGGGAAGAAACAGCAGCGUAAGGAGUGGAGGUGUAUAGAUUCAUGUUGUCGGAUGAUUGGGUACCUGUGUACAACGUGGUGGCUUCUUUUGUUCCUCGGCAACUUUUUGUCUGGACUGAAAGCCCCUACUGAUUCUCCGGGCGCCCGGCUCAAGCGCGAGGGCUUGACGGGUUUUCACCCGGUGGUUUUAGUCCCCGGCAUUGUCACCGGUGGCCUCGAGCUCUGGGAGGGCAGGCCUUGUGCUCAAGGCUUGUUUCGUAAGCGGCUUUGGGGUGGCAGCUUUGCUGAAAUGUUCAAGAGGCCAUUGUGUUGGUUGGAACACUUGUCUCUGGACAAUGAAACAGGGCUUGAUCCUCCCGGAAUUCGGGUUCGAGCAGUUCCAGGACUAGUUGCAGCUGAUUAUUUUGCUCCUGGAUACUUCGUUUGGGCUGUACUGAUUGAGAAUUUGGCAAGAAUUGGGUAUGAACAGAAGAAUUUGUAUAUGGCUGCUUAUGACUGGAGGCUUUCUUUCCAGAACACAGAGGUAAGGGACCAGGCUCUUAGCAGAUUAAAGAGUAAGAUUGAGCUAAUGUAUGCGACAAAUGGUAACAAAAAAGUGGUGGUGGUGCCUCAUUCUAUGGGAGUAGUAUAUUUUCUUCACUUCCUUAAAUGGGUUGAAUCCCCUCCUCCGAUGGGAGGGGGCGGUGGCCCUACCUGGUGUGCAAACCACAUCAAAGCAAUCAUGAACGUCGGCCCAGCUUUUCUUGGUGUUCCAAGGUCAUUUAGCAGCAUCUUAUCUGCUGAAGGGAAAGACAUUUCGUUUAUCAGAUCAAUGGCACCUGGUCUAUUUGAUGAGACAUUUCGGUUUCAAACAAUGGAACAUGUCAUGAAGGUUUCUCGAACGUGGGAUUCCGUUGUUUCAUUGAUUCCUAAAGGAGGGGAGACCCUUUGGGGUAACUUGGAUUGGUCACCCGAGGAAGAACACAAUUGUAGUUCCCAGACAAAAGUGGCAACUAAAUAUGGGAGAAUAAUUUCAUUUGGGAAAGCAUCCUCUGAAUUACCAUCUUCACAGCUUUCACUUUUUGAUGCAACGGAAGAUGUGCAUCAAAGUGUGCCAAACAAUUGUGGAGGCGUGUGGACAGAAUAUAACCAAAUGAGUAAGGAAAGUGUCAAGAAAGUGGCGGAAAAUAAAGCAUAUACAGCAAAAACUGCAAUAGAUCUUCUGCGGUUUGUGGCACCCAACAUGAUGAAGCGUGCCGAGUCACAUUUCUCUCAUGGAAUAGCUGACGACUUAGACGACCCGAAAUAUAACCAUUACAAGUACUGGUCAAAUCCGCUCGAAACCAAGUUACCUAUUGCACCCGAUAUGGAGAUAUACUGCUUAUACGGAGUGGGAAUCCCAACAGAAAGGUCAUACUUGUACAAGCUCUCCCCUUCGUUUGACCGAUGCAACACCAACAUUCCAUUCCAGAUCGACAGCUCGAGGGGCGGGGUACACUUCGUUGAUGGGGACGGGAGCGUCCCGGUUAUGAGUGCAGGUUUCGUGUGUGCCAAACCGUGGCGAGGGAAGACGAGGUUCAACCCUUCGGGCAUCCCCACAUACAUAAGGGAGUACCAGCACAAACCGCCGUCUAGUCUGCUGGAAGGGCGGGGCACGCAGAGCGGGGCGCAUGUAGACAUCAUGGGAAACGUUGCAUUCAUUGAGGAUGUUUUGCGAGUUGCUGCAGGCUCUUCUGGUGCACAGCUGGGAGGAAAUAGAGUUCAUUCAGACAUCAUGAAAAUGUCUGAGAGGAUAAACAUCCACCUAUGAAUCCUAUGAUUGAUUAUUGCUACAAAGAUUUGGACAUGAAUUGAAGUUCAUUGCAUCAA